UCCUGGACAGAGGUCGUCGUGGCAGUUGCCUUAAGACGUGCAGCCCAGGCCACAGCCACUAGUGCUCUCUGACCCAGGUCCACUGCAGGCGGCAGCAGCAGCCCCAGCCGGUGGGUGCAGCAGCAUGGAGCUUUGGGGGCCCUACUUGCUCCUCUGCCUCUUCUCCCUCCUGACCCAGGUCACUGCCGAGACACCUACCUCCAAGGUCAAGAAGGCUGCAAAUGUUAAGAAAGAUGCCGUGAGCCCGAAGAUGCUUGAGGAGCUCAAGACCCAGCUGGACAGCCUGGCCCAGGAGGUGGCCCUGUUGAAAGAGCAGCAGGCCCUGCAGACGGUCUGCCUGAAGGGUAUCAAGGUGCACAUGAAGUGCUUUCUGGCCUUCGUCCAGGCGAAGACCUUCCACGAGGCGAGCGAGGACUGCAUCUCGCGAGGGGGCACCCUGGGCACCCCGCAUACGGGCUCCGAGAAUGACGCCCUGUACGAGUACCUGAGCCAGAGUGUGGGCAGCGAGGCCGAGGUCUGGCUGGGCUUCAACGACAUGGCGGCCGAAGGCACCUGGGUGGACAUGACUGGUGGCCAUAUCACCUACAAGAACUGGGAGACAGAGAUCACCGCACAGCCCGACGGCGGCAAGGUCGAGAACUGCGCUGCCCUGGCCGGUGCGGCCAACGGCAAGUGGUUCGACAAGCGCUGCCGGGACAACUUGCCCUACGUCUGCCAGUUCGCCAUCGUCUAGCGGGCCGAG